AUGUUUCCACCCUCCUCCUCCCCUGUAACCCCAGCCCUGGUAGCCCCAGCAAGCCCCCACUCCCCCUCCCUUAGCCUCCGUAACCACCAUGCCAUCCUGGAGGCGGCGGGGCCCAGCCAUGUGGCCAUCAACGCCAUCUCUGCAAACAUGGACUCCUUCGCCCGCGGACGCACGGCCAUCCUCAAGAAACAGCCCAGCCACAUGGAGGCUGCACACUUUGGGGAUCUGGGUAUGUGCCUCCAGUAUUCUUCUGAUUUGUCUCAUAGUUUUCAGGGAAUGUAUUCAGAGUAGGAGUGCUGAUCUAGGAUUAGGUGACCCCUCUUAUUUAUUAUAAUUUAAAAGGCAAAACGUAUCCUAGAUCGGUAACAAAAAAAGGUUAUUUAGAGUGAUUUGAAUGGAUGAGCGCUUUCUCUUUUAAGUUCUCUCCUUUUGACUGGAUUGUGUGUGCCCAUGCUUCAGCGAGUUGAUACAAUGUGAUAAUAGUAGCUGGUGGACAUGGUGCUGGUGGAAUGGGUUUAACUACCAACGGGCCUGGCCUUUCUACAAGCGAUUGGUUGAAUGCUAAUCCUGCGACGCACUCGCUCCAACUUCCUGCAUGAGUUAGCCUUUUGACCAACCAGCACACUACCAGCAAAGCUUUUUAGUAUGACUCAUAAUUAGGGCCCCAAGUUUUUCCUGAGGGACCACAUGACCUGAUCAGGAAAACUCCUUAUAACGCAUGCAUCAUACUGCAGGGAUUUUUAUGCCGUUGUAAUCCUUGGGCUGGCCGCCAAAGCGUUUUUUCACGUCACCUAAGUCCAAACAGUGUAAAAAAUUAAUUGUAAACACAUUUUCGGGAUGGAAAAACACUUUAGUGUGAACUUAAACGACUAAGACCAAAUAUAAAGUAUGUAGAAAAGAUAAUUGACCUAUAAAUGUUUUAAUAUUAUAAUCUUUAAGAACUAACAAUCGCCAAAAUAAAAGCUAGACAGUCAGGGAGAAUAAAAAAUUCCCAAAACAAUUAAUUUAGUAGUAUUAAUUGAAUUAUGUUAGAGCAAAAGAAGCCAAGGCAAAAUGCAUAGAAUUGCAGGAAACUCUUUAAAACUGAAAAAUAAAUUAUUGGCUACACAUUUUUUGAAUUAGUGCAAUGACUGGAAGUAUAUGGGUAUCUACAGAUACCCAUAGACUUCCAGUCAUUGUGCUAACGCUAGUUAGCAUUGGCUCGCAAAACUACCUCUUAACUUUCUUCAUACUGGACACAGAGACCUACAAAUUACAUUUACAUUUACGUGGGCGGCAGGUGGCUUAGUGGGCAAGAGCGUUGUGCCAGUAACCGAAAGGUCGCUGGUUCUAAUCCCCGAGCCGACCAGGUGAAAAAUCUGUCGAUGUGCCCUUGAGUAAGGCACUUAACCCUAAAUUGCUCCUGUAAGUCGCUCUGGAUAAGAGCGUCUGCUAAAUGACCAAUUUAUUUAUUUAUUUAUUUUAUCCAGAGCGACUUACAAAUUGGUGCAUUCACCUUAUGAUAGCCAGUGGGACAACCAACAUUUUAAUUUUGAAGGUAUAUUUGUAAUUUUCAUUUGUUUUAUAUAUAUAUAUAUAUAUAUAUAUAUAUAUAUAUAUAUAUAUAUAGGGUUUUUUGUUUUGUUUUUAUUUUAGUGUUUUUUAAAUCUUUAUUUUAUUAAUGUUCCUUUUUUUGUUAUUAUAUAUAUAUAUAUAUAUUUUUUUUUGUGGGGGUGGGGUGGGGGGGGGGGGGGGGGGGGGUAGAAGGAUUACAGAGACAUAAAAAUGGUAUCCACUAGUUCAUCUGACUUUUGGGAAGUAGAUGAAGGGCCUCAUUGCCAAAAUCCCAAAGUAUCCCUUUAAAAAUGCUAACAUUUCACUACAUCACCAAGAUGGGGGCCUCAAAGAUUUUAAAAUUCUAAAAUGUAUCCACCCCGUAGGGCCGACCACGCUCAUUGCCAUGCCCUCUGUCACGUCCCCUGCCAUGCCCACCACCUAAGCCCCCUUUUUAUCCAGAAAAAACCCUGUACAGAGAAGUUUGCUGGGCCCUAAGUUAAUUAAAUGGCUACCCAAACUUUCUGCUUUUCACCCCUUACCUACAUGUACAUAGUACUUCAAUCAAUCACCUAACCUAACCAAACCUACAUGUACAUAUUACCUCAGUCAAUCACCCCAACUACCUCAUAUCCCAGUACGCUGACUCGGUACUGGUACUCCUUGUAUAUAGCCUGUAUAUAGCCUCGUCAUUGUUAUUUUAUUGUGUUACUAUUUUAUUUUUAUCCAUUUGUCUAAUUUUCUUAAUUUUUAACUGCAUUGUUGGGAAAGGGCUUGUAAGUAAGCGUUUCACUGUAAAGUCAACACUUGUUGUAUUCAGUGCAUGUGACAAAUACAAUUUGAUUUGAUUAUGAUACAUAAGAACUCCCUAAAUCUUCUUUCCUCUGAAGAUGAUGGCUAUUUAAAUCAAGCAUUUCAUAAGUGGGUAGAUAUCAGGCACUAGUUUUAUAGUGCCACAGCAGCCAGCUAUACCAUUAAUGUUUAUGAUAGUGCUGAGUGACAGCACCUGCUGGGACAGGUCAUUUAGUUACCAGUGACGGUGAGUCAGAGGGAGGGGGUGGUUGAACCAGUGGUGCAGCAUUGAGCCCUGGCCUUGGAAUGCAGUAGGGUAGGGUGACUAUACUGUACUACACUGACUGGACCCGAGACAGUACUCUGAGGGUGUGAACUCUUGUACAGGAGCAAGGGAGAGAGAAAGGGAGGGAAGGAUAGGGAGAGAGGAUGGGCGGGCGGGAGGGAGAGAGGAGGAGGAGGGGCGGGAGGGAGGGAGAGCUGAGCUGCUGGUUAACAGUCACACGUGGCAGCCUGCCCACUCUCUGGAGCUGAUACUAGGAGCACACAAAACACCAGCUCACUGUUUAGUGCUCCUACUCUAGUCCAUUAUGUAAUGGAGGCCUCCAGCCAGGCUUCAGUCAUACAUUCACAUGGCCUCCCUGAUCAUAUGAUCUGUGAACUGUGCCAUAGUUGAAUAGGUUUUAGAUAGAUUUUUUGAUAAGUAUAUUUUUUUAUGGAUGAUCGUGUAUGGUUUUACAGUGGUUUCAUUCAGUAUGCUGUGGUCCGCUGUCUGUUUAGGCUGGGUUAGACUUUGUAAGAAUGGAUGAUGUUAAAAGGGCUUUAUAAAGACAUUUGAUCGAUUGAUGGUUUGAUUGAUUUGUUCAUUGUGUGUUUCAGAACGGUCCAGUGUGAUCAUACUGUAUGGUUGUAUAGUGGUUUUAUUCAGUGUUGUGGUGUGUUUCAGGGCACUCUAGUGUGAACUACCUGGCCUCUGAGACGCGUUCACGCCUGUCUAAGACGGUGGACCAGAUCCUGCGGGACAACGUGGCCAUGCCCUACUACAUCCAGUUCCAGGAGGCCCGUGGGUCCGACCACCUGGUCCGCUUUUGGCUGGAGGCAGAGAGCUUCCGCUCCACCAGCUGGUCCCGGGUCCGGGCCAACAGUCUCAACUCCGUCAAACACAGCUCCCUGGCCGAGCCUGCCUCCACCCCUGUCUCCCCCGACCCCUCCUCCACCCCAGACAUGGACCCACCCUCUGUCCCCAUGCCCCCCUCCUCCCGCCCCCUUACACCCAGCCCCCAGGACAUUAACAGUAACAGUAGUGAAGGCCCCACUGCGCAGCUCGUCCACAGGGACUCCUUUAGCUCUAUAGUGGAUCAGAGGCCAGGCACCCCCAGCAGGGAAGACACCCCCACCAGGCAGCACUCCAGGACAGGGACCCCCUUCAAGCUGCAGUCCACCCACGCCCUCAAGGAGCUCUCAGACAAGCUCAUGAAGAGUAUGUUUGACUGGUCUUCAUAAAUACAUAUGUAAAUAAAAAUCUGCUCUUAAUUUACCUGUACAAAUAAUGGUUAAGUAAGUAGCCUGGAGUCUCUCAGAGCCGGCUGGUGGUGAAUGUUACAGAGAGAUGCUAUGGCUGUUCUCACAAUCCUUUUUGUGAGUUGGGCCAUAAUUUGUGUGUUUGUGUGUUUGUGUUGGGCCAUAAUGUCUGUACCAUAAUUUAUCUAUAUGUUUACCUUACUAUUAUGAGUGCAUAACCCCCUGACUAGAAAAGGCUAGUAUAUUAGCUAUAUUUGUUCUUAUCUCCACCAUGUGAAACAACUGGCUGUGAGAAUAACAACAUCAAUUUGUUUUAAUUGCACAUUUGAGGUAACAAUAUCUGAGUUGUACACAGUUUAUGACACCUGUGACAGACCGUUAACCAUCUUCUCCUGUGUGUUGUAGGUAUCGAGAGAGAUGCAGUGAACAUCUUCACCAAGUACAUCUCUCCAGACGCUGCUAGGCCCAUCCCCAUCACAGAACAGAUCAGAAACGACAUAGUCGGUAAGAAAUUAGUACCGCCACCUGUUUUCCAUUAGUAUUGACUUUGACUGUAAGACAGUGCAGUCUCUGUGUGUACUGUAUGAGUAUUUUAUCAGAACUGUAUGAGUACUGUAUGCAUUCCUAUGAAUGUUAGACCUAGUAGGAAUGUUGCAACCAAUGUUAAAGAUCAAAUCAGCCCUAAUCCUCGUCUGUGAAGUAUAUUUAACUACGUUUCAGGAGAACUAUUUUGUGGAUGAAUUGAUAAUCUGUUGUGUGAUUGUGACUGUUUUUGUCCCUUUCUCCACUUUGCCAGCUAAAAUCUGUGGCGAGGAUGGAAUGGUGGACCCAAACUGCUUUGCCAUUGCACAGUCAGUCGUCUUCUCCAUCAUGGAACAACAGUACGUUUUAGAUUUUCCAGUCUUCAUGUUCUAGUAUCCAUUGAAAGAUUGACCAUUUCUCAUCUGUAAGGAUCAUUAUUUGUCUCCUAUGAUUAUAGUGUAACCACUGUUCUCUUAUACACCAAUCCACUCUUAUAUCAUAAAUGUAAAUGUAAUCACAUAUAAUUUAUAUUUCCCAGGCACUUUAGUGAAUUCUUGCGCAGCCAUCAUUUCUGUAAGUACCAGAUCGAAGUGUUGACCAGUGGCUCGGUGUUUCUGGCAGACAUCUUGUUCUGUGAGUCGGCCCUAUUCUACUUUUCUGAGGUGAGAGCAACAGCUGGACCCCACAAUUGAUGUUGUUUAAACACAACCACAGUAUGUUGUCAAGUUCAUUAAUAUUCAUUGCUGUUUUAUUCAUUGGUGUUAUUGCUAUUAGUGCUACUGGUGUUUCUAUUCUAUUUGUUUAUAUUCUAUUAUUCUCUAUUCUAUUCUAUUUUACUUUAGUGUCAAAUGGUAGGUGUUAAUAGAAGUGUCAUUGGUGAUAAAGCAAUAUGGUGUCUGUCUGUGUGUCUCCCCAGUACAUGGAGAAGGAGGAAGCUGUGAAUGUCCUGCAGUUCUGGCUGGCAGCAGACAACUUUCAGGACCAGCUGGCUGCUAUGGCUGGCCAGUACGACGGUCAGGAGGCCCAGAAUGAUGCCAUGAUCCUCUAUGACAAGUAAGACAUCGGUUUCUUUAUAAUAUACACUGUGGCCAGUUUUUUAGGUACCCCGUUCACAAAAAUUGUUUGCUCCUACAGACAGUGAAUCACGUGGCCGUGGUUUGCUAUAUAAAGCAGGCAGACAGACAUCGAGGCAUUCAGUUACUGUUUGAUUGAACAUUAGAAUGGGCAAAACAAGUGACCUAAGCGACUUUGAGCGUGGUAUGAUCGUCGGGGCCAGGCGCGCCAGGUUCAGUAUCUCAGAAACGUCCGCCCUCCUGGGCUUUUCACGCACGACAGUGUCUAGGGUUUACCGAAGAUGGUGUGACAAACAAAAAACAUCCAGUCAGCGCCAGUCCUGUGUGCGAAAACAGCUCGUUGAUGAGAGAGGUUGAAGGAGAAUGGAAAGAAUCGUGCAAGCUAACAGGCAGGCUACAAACAGACAAAUAACGGCGCAGUACAACAGUGGUGAUCACCAACACUGGACAAUUGAGGAGUGGAAAAACAUUGCCUGGUCCGAUGAAUCACGGUUCCUGUUGCGUCAUGCUGAUGGCAGAGUCAGGAUUUGGCGUAAGCAGCAUGAGUCCAUGGACCCAUCCUGCCUGGUGUCAACGGUACAGUCUGGUGGCGGUGGUGUACUGGUGUGGGGAAUGUUUUCCUGGCACACGUUAGGUCCCUUGAGACCAAUUGAGCAACGAUUGAACACCACUGCGUAUCUGAACAUUGUUGCUGACCAAACCCAUUGGAGCAGUGGUCUCCAAGGCAUUCCUAGUCGAUCACCCAAAAUGUUGGUAAAAACCCAACGAUAAACCCUUGCGUUCCUAUUUUGUUUUUAUUUGUUUUGCGCUGUUGGCGGUAGGUGCACUUGAUUUAACAGCCCUAGCGGCAGGAAGGCAAAGUGUUCCCAUUUUGAACCAUUUCAGGUGUCUGAAUGUAGAACUCCACCUACCCAGCAGGCUCAGAGAGCAAAUCAAGUGCACCUAUAGGCCUACCGCUGGCCAAUGAGAGCUCAGAUCACCGUGUUUCACUUUCUCUGAUCAUAGGAGUAACAACAUUAAUUGGUACAUGAAGCAGAAAUAAUGCAGUGCGACUUGAGUUUCGCCAUCAGCUGGAAGACUGUGUCCCCUUUUCUCAGCUGAGAGGAGGUACGGUGAGUCGGGUAAGAGGCAGCCUCACCGCUGCUCCCUCCCUCAGACUGACCAUCAGAUGCAGGCCAUCAGUCAGUAAAAAAAUAAAAAAGAUUAAGCUCACUCAGUUGUGCCUCACAAGUAAUACAACAAAUGAUCUGUUACCAGUGUGAUCAUAUAUUUAAAUGUGUAAAUAUAAUUUCAAAAUGGUCUGAGAAGAACAACAUUGGCAGGGCAAUUCAAGCUUAGUCAAUAUGCAGUGAUAAUGUAUUGGGCCUAUAGCCUACUGCACAAACCUUACUGCUACAGAACUGUUUUCAAUUGAUUAAUGUUGCAUAGGCUUAUAAAAUAUUAAGUCCUGUUGAAAAAUAAUCUUUCCUUGCAUUUUGACUCAGAAAGUGAUCUUGACUCAGAAAAGGUGGGUGACCACUGCAAUUGAGCGUCUUUGGGAUGAUAUGGAAUGGGCUGUUCCGCCGUCCAAUCUGCAGCAACUGUGUAAUGCCAUUGCAUCAGCAUGGACCAACAUCCCUGUGGAACAUUUGCGACACAUUGUAGAAUCCAUUCCCCGGAGAAUUCAGGCUGUUCUGGAGGCAAAAGGGGUCCGACCCGGUACUAGAUGGGUGUACCUAAUAAACUGAGUGUAUUUGUCUUAACAAUAUCUUUGCUUUCACACCAUCUUUGCCUUUACACUAUAUUUGUCUUUGAAAUAUAUUUGCCUUCACAAUAUCUUUGCCUAAACACCUCAGCAUUACUCAGUAUGGAAUGUUUAUUUGGACACCAGUUUAAUAAUGGUGGGAUCUGUUUCCUCCCCAGGUAUUUCUCACUCCAAGCCACCAACCCUCUGGGUUUCGAUGACUCUGUGCGGAUGGAGAUAGAGUCUAAUAUCUGCCGGGAGGGAGGGCCUCUACCAGACUGCUUCACCACUCCUCUCAGACAGGCCUGGACCACCAUGGAAAAGGUGAGGGGUUGAAAGUCACACAGUAACAUUGUACUUUAAAAAAAUCAUAAUUUAGCUGAUAUUCUUAUCCAGAGAGACUUACAGGAGCAAUUAGAGUUAAGUGCCUUGCUCAAGGGCACAGACAUAUUUUUCACCUAGUCGGUUCUGGGAUUCAAACCAGAGACCUUUCAGUUACUGGCCCAACGCUCUUAACCUGGGUCAAAUACAUUUGUUGGUACGGGACACACAUAGGGGUCACUCUGCAAACUCACAACUGUAAAAUCACUAGGAAAUCAGCUUUAAAAACAACAACAUUCGAUUGAACCAUGAGGUUUAGAUUACCAGUGACAGGCCUUUGGGGUUAUUGAAGAUAGUGGUACCAGAGCAAUAAAUAUAUAAAGAUUUGGCUCUGAGUUACCAUGUUGUUGCCAAAGGCUAGGGAUGAUGCUGAAACACUUUGCCAUGCUCUGAAGAAAACGGAAGUCCUUCAUGACUGAAAAGCAUGACCCUCUGGCAUUUUUAAGUUCAACUUUGCUAAUGUGAAGUUCAUGUCAUUUUUCUGCCCUCAGGUCUACAUGCCAGGCUUCCUGUCGAGUAACCUUUACUACAAGUAUCUGAGUGACCUUAUCAACUCUGUCCGAGCGGAUGAGUUUGUGCUGGCCAGCGCUCCCGGUCAAGGCGUGGCCCCGGAUGGUGACCGCUGCACCAAUGCUACCGAGGGGUCUCAAGCCCAGGUAGAUAACCCCACACCUGACCUGCUCACACCCUGAACUUUCGCUUUACAUCGACUGACAUUUUCCUCAUUUCAUGAGACCUUUAGAAAAGUUUGUCUACGUGCACUCGAAUGAAUGAAUGUUCAACAGCAUUAGCACUUGUACCUUUGUCUGUGGUCCGUUUUCCCUCCUGAACCGUUUAGGAGAUAAGGAACUUAGAGUAAAUAGCUUAAUACGUGGAAUAUUACUCCCUCUAGUUCUUCUAACUGUGCAAAGUAUUAUAUUUUUUCUCAUUACAGCAAGCUACCAAAAAGGCGGCAGCAGUGAAAAUCUUGAAAAACUUUGACGAGGCGAUAACGGUGGACAUAGCCAGUUUGGACCCAGAGUCCCUGUACCAGCGCCCCUAUGCUGGGUGAGUCUGCAUAACCUCCUCUGGCCUUCUCAGAUAUAUACAGCUGCGCAAAAAAUUAAGAGACCACUGCAAAAUUAUCAGUUUCUCUGGUUUUACUAUUUAUAGGUAUGUGUUUGGGUAAAAAUAAUUUUUUUGUUUUAUUCUAUAAACUACUGACAACAUUUCUCCCAAAUUCCAAAUAAAAAUAUUGUCAUUUAGAGCAUUUAUUUGCAGAAAAUGACAACUGGUCAAAAUAACAAAAAAGAUGCAGUGUUGUCAGACCUCGAAUAAUGCAAAGAAAAUAAGUUCAUGUUCAUUUUUAAACAACACAAUAGUAAUGUUUUAACUUAGGAAGAGUUCAGAAAUCAAUAUUUGGUGGAAUAACCCUGAUUUUCAAUCACAGCUUUCAUGCGUCUUGGCAUGCCAGUCUUUCACAUUGAUGUUGGGUGACUUUAUGCCACUCCUGGCGCAAAAAAUUCAAGCAGCUCGGCUUUGUUUGAUGGCUUGUGACCAUCCAUUUUCCUCUUGAUCACAUUCCAGUAGUUUUCAAUGAGGUUCAGGUCUGGAGAUUGGGCUGGCCAUGACAGGGUCUUGAUCUGGUGGUCCUCCAUCCACACCUUGAUUGACCUGGCUGUGUGGCAUGGCGCAUUGUCCUGGUGGAAAAACCAGUCCUCAGAGUUGGGGAACAGUGUCAGAGCAAAAGGAAGCAAGUUUUCUUCCAGGACAACCUUGUACAUGGCUUGAUUCGUGCGUCCUUCACAAAGACAAAUCUGCCCGAUUCCAGCCUUGCUGAAGCACCCCCAGAUCAUCACCGAUCCUCCACCAAAUUUCACAGUGGGUGCGAGACACUGUGGCUUGUAGGCCUCUCCAGGUCUCCGUCUAACCAUUAGACGACAAGGAGUUGGGCAAAGCUGAAAAUUGGACUCAUCAGAGAAGAUGACCUUACUCCAGUCCUCUACGGUCCAAUCCUUAUGGUCUUUUGGUCCUCUGUAGCUCAGCUGGUAGAGCAUGGCGCUUGUAACGCCAAGGUAGUGGGUUCGAUCCCCGGGACCACCCAUACACAAAAAUGUAUGCACGCAUGACUGUAAGUCGCUUUGGAUAAAAGCGUCUGCUAAAUGGCAUAUUAUUUAUUUAUAUUAUUUUGCAAACCUCAGCCUGGCUCUUCUUUGCUUCUCAUUGAUUUAGGGCUUUUUUCUAGCUUUGCACGACUUCGGCCCUGCCCCUAGGAGCCUGUUUCGAACCGUCCUCGCUGUGCACUUCACCCCAGCUGCCGUUUGCCAUUCUUUUUGUAGGUCACUUGAUGUCAUCCUACGGUUGUUGAGUGACAUUCGAAUGAGUUGGCGGUCAUCCCGGUCAGUAGAGAGUCGUUUUCGCCCUCUGCCGGUCUGUAGCUUUGUUGUCCCCAAUGUCUGCUUGACCUUGUUCUUAUGAACUGCCGUCUUUGAAAUUUUAAGGAUGGAAGCAACCUGACGCUCACUGUAUCCCUCUGCCAGUAAAGCCAGAAUUGAACCCUUUUCCUCACUCAAAACUUUCCUUUUCAACUCUUUUGGCAUGGUCAAUAGUUAUUUUUGGAUUAAUAUUACUUUUGAGGUACUAUUACCACUGUUUUUGCCAUCCAGCUGGUCCUAUUGCAAGAGGAUAGUGAUGACCACAGCAGUGGCUUUUAUACUUUUCCUCGUUAAAUAAGAUUUGGUUCAUGUGAUCACCAAAUUUAGUAGAAAGAGGUGUUGCUGUGUUGGAAUUCAACAGACACUGGAAUGGAAUGGCUGUCAUACAUGUAGAGAUGCUGAUUUAAGAAAAAUUUGCAGUGGUCUCUUAAUUUUUUCCACAGCUGUAUAUUUGUAUAUAUUCUCAGCACUCUGUAAGUACUGUCGUCUGUAAACAACAUUUACUAUUUCAAGUAUUUAAUUUUGUUUUUUUUUAAAAAAAUGUUUCUCUACUGGAUUAAAUUUGUGAAAAUAGUUUUAUAAUGGUGCUAAAUUUCCCCCAUUGCUACCCCUGAACUGUCCUGAUUUUACUACUGUAAUAUUCCCAAAAGGGUUAUUUGAUGCUAGCUAAGUAAGCCAGUGUAAUGGCCACUGAUGUGUGACUAAACCACUCCAAAUACAAACAUGUUUUAAAUGAAUAUGGCCCCGUGUAGCUCAGUUGGUAGAGCAUGGCGCUUGCAACGCCAGGGUUGUGGGUUCGUUUCCCAUGGGGGGCCAGUAUGAAAAAAUGUAUGCACUCACUAACUGUAAGUCGCUCUGGAUAAGAGUGUCUGCUAAAUGACUAAAAUGUAAAAUGAAUAUGUGAUGUUAAAAAGCAUAUUUUCAAAGACUCCACCAUGCGGUCCUCAGUGUGACAGCAGAUUUGUAGGUUAUCCCCAUUACAUUAUAGCAGUCUAAUGGGCCAAACACAGGCUGAUAUAUGGGGUUUGUGUGGCCUUAGGCAGCCCCAGUAGUGUCCUAGUUGCAGUAAGAGAUUAGCCUCGUCCCAGAUCUGUUUGUGCUGGGACCAAAUGACAAUGACUAUAGGAGUUGGCUGUACAGCACAAACGAAUGUGGGACCAGUCUAGUAACAGGGUGCUGUCUCCAUAGACAUCUGAUAUCUAUGACAUCAUUGGCUAUGUCCCCUCUCUAUUCAGAAGAAUGACGUUUGGGAAAGUGAACGAGCUGGGACAGUUCAUAAGGGAGGCCGAACCAGAGCCGGAUGUGAAGAAAUCCAAAGGUAACAGACAAAUACAAAUGUACAUUGACAAUCUAUAUCUUUCUUUCUCUCUUCUCUUCUCCUAUUUUCUCUCUCUUUUCCCUCUCUCUUCUCUUUCCUUUUCUCCACACUCUCUCUACUGUUCAUUGUUGCUUGUAUAAUUUUAGUGCCAUGUCACUCAAGCAUGCAUGGUGUGGGUAUUGUCUUCUAUUCUCAUCCUAACCGCAACCAGAAAGUGGGUUGAAAUAUGUGAGGCACCCCAAAUACAACCCAAGGUGCUUUUAGUUCUUAUAAAAGACUACAGUAUAACAUGAAUACAUUAUUUAGGAUUUCUUAGAAGAUAACAUUCUCUGAGAACAGAGGAAAUCCAUAUAAAAAGUCCUGGACUAAACCUGUAUAUGUUGAAUGCAUUUUCUUAGUAGAUUUCAUGGCUCUAAUCACAAAACAACUUUUCUUCCGAAUGCAUCGAUCGCAUUCUAAGAGAACUCUGUGCUGUGAUUUUUCAUGUACCUCAUAUGUCCAGUAUCUUUCAGAGGAACAAUAGAUGAGAGGCUCAUCCUCUGACUAUUGCCAUAUUCUUCACUCACUCUUCUCUCUCUUCUCACAGGUUCCAUGCUCUCUCUAGCCAUGAAGAAACUUGUUCAAGGCAACUCAGAUGAGGUGUGUAAACCAACAAAACAAGCUCCUCUUGUGUUGAAUCUAUUUGAACUAAUGAAUAAUAGGAAUGAUGAACAUAUUGAAUUGUAACUUGUGUAUGUGUGUUUAGGCCCAGGAGGAGAUGGCCUGGAAGAUCGCUAAGAUGAUCGUCAAUGACGUCGUACACCAGGCGCACCACGACAGUCCUGGCAAAUCCACCAAGGUACGUCAAAUUGUUCCGGAUAUCUGUAUGCCUCAAGCCAUUGCAUUUAUCUAAUACAGUAGGCAACUAUAUAUAUAAAAAAGACUCCUCAGUCAUGACAAGUUUACUGUUGUAUGAUGAUUGUCCAUGUUUCAUUGUCAAUCUCUCUCCCUAGUUAUGACCCUCCAGUGGAGAACCAAAGGAUUGUCACUCCCUUCAUCCAAUAGAGACAGACAGCGUGACAGACAGAUGUCACUUAGUCCAGUGAUGAACUGUACACUGGAUUCACCUUACGGUCAAAUGCAUCAAUGAAGAUAGAAGAACAAAAGCAUUCCAUGAUCUCCUGCAUCAACUUGUACCGGUAUGUGUGUGAAUAUAUGUGCGCAAGCGAAAAACUUGAAGUAUAUCCUCCAUCCAUCCAACUCGUCGUAACACUAUGAAGGCAUCUCUGUGAACGAAUGAAGAGGAAAAAGAAAAGAAAAGCAAACAAAGCAGUUGCACAAAGAGCACCCGACUUCCUUCCUUCCAGAACAGAAAGGAGGGAUGACAAACUAGGACACAAAAUGGUGCGGGAGCUGUCAGAAAGAGCAGCACUUCAGAAAGCAACGGUGCUGCCGUGGUUACCUCUGUUACCAUGCCAUCUAAGAGGUGGCCUAGCCUGCAGUGACCUGAAGCAUCCUUCACUAAGCAAUCACUAAGAAGACUAGGUUGUCCUCUCCAUCUUCUCUCCUUACCCCACCACCACCACCGCCUUUAUGCCCAUUCCUCAUUCUUUGUUUUUAGAUUACAUCUAUUUGAAAGGGGUUAGACUGAUGCCAAAAACAAAUUCAGCUGGAAGUAGGGGCUUUGUACAGUUUUUAUUUUGCGGCAGAUGCUUAUAUUCCUGGGCCCUCCUGGAGUAUUGUAUCAGUGGGGUGGGUUACUAUGAUGAGAUGGUGAGUCAGGUUGAGUCGUCCUGGCCUGCCCUCCUGGCUGUUCCCUAAUGUACUUUAUAGAGCAGGUCAGACAUGUUACAGUCAAACAGGAAUGGACCUUCUUGAUUUCCUGGUCUUGCCAUCCAUCUGUAGCUCUGGCGACCCCUGGCACCUUGUCAAUAUCAUUACAGUGUAGGCUAGUGAAUAAAUACUCCUUAUUAUGGACUGAAGAAGACAUGCUACAGUUGCAAUGAAAGAAGAACUCCAGGCUACUCCAUGUAAUGUUAUAAAUAUGUAGAUUUAUGGUUUACCCCCAUAUAUUAAUGUUAGUUAUUUUUUAUGGUGAUUGUUGCAGUUUUCUUUUUUGUAUGUACUGUCAAAAGCAAUGUCUAAGCAAAUCUCAUUGAAGUGUACUCAGUGAAUAUAAUGUUAAUAUUAUUAUGACUUUGUUUGAACCUCAUUGAGAUGUGUGGAAAAGAACCAGAAAAUACUAUUUUGGUACUAUGUACCACUAAUAUUGUUUUUCUGACCUAUGUGUUCUUAAUCUAUAAUAUAUUUAAAUUGUGUUUCAUUUAAAUAUAUAUAUAUUAUUGAAAUGUUUG